CAGGACGUCGCUGUGAGCGUAUUUAGAUGGAGCGAAGGGCGGUGGCCGGUGAAUGAAUAAUCAAGGCUUCCAUGGGCGGCGCAGUCUCGUAUUUACACUGGCUCGCUCCGCCCUACGCAGAGAUAGAAAACUGUCUGCGGGCCGGAGGGAUGGAACAAGUGGAAGGAAAUGUUGCCGACAGGCACACAUUAAUUACUCCGCCACACGCUCUGCAACUCGUCCGGCUGCGCUCCUUCCCCAUUGCGCUGUAGCGGCAGCAGCAUCCUCCUCCUCUCUGCAGAGCAGGACGAGCGAUCAUCCGGGCUGCCUGCGUCGGAGCUUCAUGGCCGCAGCACUGACUAUGAGCGGCGCACAGCAGGACCCGUUCUACCCGCUGCAGAAAGCGGCGCUGUCCGCCGCCUUCUCUCUGGAGGACUCGGCGCUGUUCGGCCUGGACUGUAAAAUCUCAGAAGCGGACAAGGCAGGGCAUAAUGACUACACGCAGGUGAAGUGUGAGAUGGACAGGUAUCUCUCCCCUCCUGCCUUUCCACCCCAGUCAGCCAGCCAGCAGAAGUCGCAUAGAGACACCACGUCGGCGGUGGAGCAGUUCUUCAGCGGAGACCAUGCCGGGGCUCCCUACACCCUCAACAUGAACCUUUACCUCCCCGACGUGGCCUACCUGAGGAUGGGCUCGUGUGAGCAGGUCCGGGCCCCUCAGGCCCAGAACCGCGCCGGCCUGGCCCAAAUUAAAACGGAAGCUGCCUCGUCGUGUUUCGGCCCGCACCUACAGCCCCACUGCCCCGACGGUACGCCCACGAGCAGCUGCGGCACAUCCGGGCACGAGCCUAGCAACGCUGCCUUGGAAACCUCAGCCAUAAACAUGUCGCUAACAGGGUUACCGGACUUCACGAGUGUUUUCACCCAAUCGGGAGGAGAGGUGUUCAUCAAACAGGAAAUGCCGUCGCAGUUCGAGCAGCAAGGCAUCCACCACGACGGCAGCGGCUCACUCUUCCAGCUCCUGAACGCCGGGUUGGAUCAUCACCACAUUGACGGCAUGGAGACUCAACAGCAGCAGAUGCAGCACAAUUCCAGUGUUCAUGCACCUUUCCAUGAUUUACCAGUAGCCUCGGCUUCUUCCCAGCAAGAGCAGGGCACCAAGGCGGCCUACCGCAGGGUGUACGCGCAUCCUAAUGCUCAGGUGCACUCCCAUUACUUGCAGCAGCAGGUGCCCUACCUGCCUCCCUCCCCGCCCAGCUCCGAGCCGGGCAGCCCCGACAGGCAGAAGGAGCUGCUCCACACUCUGUCCCCUCCUCCUUCGUACGCCGCCACCAUCGCCUCCAAGUUGGCAGGGUCCACGCUCGGACCCGGACCCGCCGGCUUCGCCCUGCCCACUCCAGUCCAGGGCCCGUCUCCGGGCCUCCCCCAGGGCCCUGCAGCCCAGACCACGACGCAGAACUCCGGGACCGUCCGAUACAACCGGAGGAACAACCCGGACUUGGAGAAACGCCGGAUCCACCACUGUGAUUACCCAGGCUGCAAGAAGGUCUACACCAAGUCGUCCCAUCUGAAAGCCCACCUCAGGACUCACACGGGUGAGAAGCCGUACAGGUGCACGUGGGACAGCUGUGACUGGCGCUUCGCUCGUUCCGACGAGCUCACACGCCACUACCGGAAACACACGGGAGCCAAGCCCUUCCAGUGCACCGUCUGCUCCCGCUCCUUCUCCAGGUCCGACCACCUCGCGCUGCACAUGAAGAGGCACCAGAACUAGCCACGUUUUUGCACGCGUGCCACAGCCGUGCUGUGCUGAGCCCUCGUCCUGAAUCUCACGUAAAGCACUCGGCUUGUGUCCGAUAGCUACAGUGUUAAGCGGCUGCGCGAUGCCAAGCAGCUUUUACUGACAUCCCAGCUCCUCCCGGUGCUGCCAUCGAUCAAUACAAUUGUAUGAUAGCUAAGGAAGAAAACGGUGGCCAAGAAAAUGUUUGGUUUAACACUGUCACAAGGUAUGAUACAAAAAAAAUUCUUUGGACAAGAACAAAAAAAAAAAAAAGCUCCAUAGCGUAAAGAAAAUGGUAGCUCCUUCACGUUUUCCGGUCCAUUUGGACUUUGUGUGACUGGAAAGAAAAAAAACAUUGUCUGUCUUUGUUGUAAUGUAGAACUUCUUAAUUCAAGAACAUCUUUUGUUUACUCAUUGGUAUGUCUGUCUAAAUAGCUGGAAUAUCCAGAUUUUUAUUUUAUUUUAUUUUUUUAACCAAAUCCUUCGGUUUGCACUAGAACUGAUCGUGUAUCUCAUGCACCAACAAAACGUUCAUUAUCACAACUGGACAUGCCACGCCAGUCACCGCUGUCCGGAUAUUAAAAAUUGAAAGCAUUUAUUCUCCUGAGACAAAGAAGAUGAAGCAUAGAAAAAGAAGAGGAAAAAAAAACAUGAGAGGAAGGUAGAGAUGGCAAGACUGAAUUGUUUUUCAUUUUAUAGAGAGGAAAUCUGCAGAUGGCUGAGUAACAUAGGGACAUGGGUGGAUUGUAAAGAGCAGCCAUUAGGCGAUCAAUUAUUUAGGAUGGGUUUUUGAUGGAUGUCCAGCUGGAGAAAUGUAAGCAGACCUGAUUCUGUUAAAACAGAAGCAGCUGUAUUUAUGCACAAGCUUGAAUUAAGCAUCUUCAGAAUUUCAUUUCUGUGCAGAUUGUGCCAUCCAACUUUUAUUUUUGUUUUUUCAUUUGAACCAAAGUCUAAUCUUCGUCAUCAACACCCUAUGAAGUGCCUCCUUCCGUGGUUAAUGUGUUCCUGUUCUGUCAGAGCGAUUAGUGUAGGCGGUUCUUUUAAACACACAUGGUGCUGUUUUUGGUUCCUGUUCUGUUAAAAAAAAAAAAAAAACUCUCUGAACUCAGUACGGGGAGAGGGAAACGAGAAACGUUAAUAUCCUAAAGCUGAUCAUCUCCAUUGUAAUAAAACAGCUCAGCUCUGAACACUUGAGACAUCCUGAAACAGCGUGGAGCUUUUGUACUAAAGUGACAGUCUGUCUCUUUCUCCAAGGAGGUUUUAGCCUUUUUUUUUUUUUUUUUAAAUCUGUAGC